CCGAAUGAGAGUUGUCACAUCACAGCGAAUUCUCCAUAGUUUGUGUGGAAAAUGCGCGGGAUGAGAUUUGUGCUUGCCUCACUGAACAAAACAAGUGUGUUAGCCUUUCUGCAGUGUUCGGAAGCGUGAUAAAUUAUUCACAAGGGAUUGCCACUCAGGUAGAGGUUGGCGAGGGUAAACAACGUAGGCUAUCGGAAGGCCACCCGUCAUCAUCAAUGGUAUAAUUUUCUCAAAGAAGGCAUAAAUUGCCUUUAACGCGAAUUUCAUAACGGCUACCUAGAGAAAAUCGGGGCAAACCCACACACGUAUCUAGCAAUGAGUGGAUAUCUGGGAGACCUCUCUGCUUCUCAACAAAAGAGCCUUGAGGAAUUUAAAGGAAUGUUAACAACAGAGACCAUUAGUGAUGAGGCAACUCUACUGAGAUUUUUACGGGCACGCAGUUUUGACACGAAGGCUGCUUACAACCAGUACAUACGGACCCGGGAGUGGCGUGUUAACAAUGAUAUAGAUCAUGUCCUCGAACGUGAGAGACCAUUAGAUGAAGAAAUGAAAAAGAUCGUAUCCUGCAGUUUUCACAAAUACGAUAAACUUGGACGCCCCUGUUACAUUGAACACACAGGAAGAACUGAUACCACUGCCCUGAUGAAGCUUCCUCAAGACCAAUUCAUAGGAUGGCACAUUUGGAAUAACGAAAGACAAAUUCAAAGAAUGAGGGAACUUUCCACAAAACUUGGACAACCAGUAGAAACAAUGGUUCAUAUUCAUGAUAUGACUGGGGCAAGUAUGAGUCUAAGGAAAACCUUGAAUUUCUUCAAAAGAAUAGCAAAACUUGAUCAAGAUUACUACCCUGAAAGAAUGGGAAAGAUUUUCCUUGUCAACACCUCAUGGGUUUUUCCAGUCCUUUGGAGAAUAGCCAAGAUUUUCGUGGACCCAAAGACGAGAACGAAAUGUGUUGUGCUUAAAAGCUCAGAGCUCAGCAAACUGUGUGACUAUUUUGAUCCUGAGGAUUUGCCAGAGGAAUUUGGAGGCUCUUGUAGAUGUGACAAUGGCUGUCUUCCUCCUAUACCCAAACACAUGCUAGAAGUGAAAGACAAUCCACAUCUGAUAGAGCAGACAAUAGGACCCAAGAAAUCAUUUACAUAUGAAGUAAACUGUGAUAACAAGAAAGCUGACAUGUCCAUAGCAUGGUAUUUUAAAGCUACAAGUAAAGAUAUUCAAUUUGGAAUUAAGUUCAAGGCCAAGCCUCAUUCAGGAUGGAAAGACAAUGAAAAUGAAAUUGAGGAGAUCUGGGUCGAGGAGCUUGAGCCAAUUACAGAAUGUGAUGUAUCAGUGACUGGUUUCUACACUCCACCUUGUCCUGGUAUCUGCACCUUAGUGUGGGACAAUUCAAACUGCAAGUGGCUCUCAAGAACAAUCAAGUACCAUAUCAUGGUCAGUGAGGUAGACUCUGAUGAAGAAAUAUCAACUAAUGGUAACAAAGAAAUUUGCUAAACAGCAAGUAUUGUUGGGGCAGCUUGUAGAAUGCAGUAUCCAUGUGCUAAUUAACACUUAGAAUAGGGGCUGGAGAUCUCUAUCGUAUAAUGGUUGAUGAGGGCAAAGCCUGAUUAUUAUGUAAUGAAAUCUAAAGCAAAUAAUCUAAUUGCUUUGGUAUAAAUCUAUUUGUCUUUGAAAACAUAACAACAACUUAUUUUAAGACAGUCUCAUGUUGUUGUGGCUACUGCCUCCUAUAGGAGGUGAAGCCACAGAAUGAUGUUACAUUUUUGAGAUGAGCAAGUGAGGGAGUUUUACAAUAGAAUUCCGAUCUUGACCCAGUUUUGAUCAGAUGUUUCUGGGUGCUAUUUAUUGUUUGAUUCAGAGUAUCUUAGUACUGUAGUUUGACAUUCACACAACACACUGGUAAGUUUUCUCCUUUUGUGAUUUCUGGCUUAUAGCCUCUAACACAUUAUUUUUUGUAGAUAUAGGCAUUUGAUAUGUAACAUUAUAUGAUAAGCUGAGUUAUACAUGCAUUUGGAUUGGUUCUUAUUUAUAUGUCAGAAGACGGAUGCGAAGAUAACAUCACUUGGAAAAUUUCAGUGAUCCACCCAGCUGCACCUGGGGUGCUACUUUUUUGUUUUAACCUCAUUUUUCUGUCGUCUGUGAUUUUUUACUGAACAGACACAGAAACAUGUAAUCUAAUCAUUAACCCCUUAACUCUCAGGAGUGACCAAGACAGAAUUUCUCCUUACAAUAUCAAUUCAAUGUCAAGAAGACAGGUGAUAAGAAUAAAGAAAAACAUCAGUCAGGCUAUUAAUAGUUGAUCUAAUACCAAAAUCUCCAAGCUAACGUCAUGAGAACUGUAUAGCAGACACUGAGGAGAAUUACUUAUGUGAUCUGGGAGUGAAAGGGUCAAACUUUUCCUAAUUUUGAUACACAAUCAAAAAUAAGAAGAACAAAAUUUUUUAACCAGGAAAUAUGUCUUGUCACAUCCUUUUAAGCCUUUAACUUAAUGAUUAGCAUAUAACUUCUCCCCUAUAACAUCUACACAUUAUCCAGACGAAUAGUAUUGAGAAGACUCAAACUUAUCAGGUAGAAGUUAGUAAUCUUGAUCUAACACCAAAUUCUCAUGACUUAUUUACAAGGAAAUGUGUAACAGCUAGAAGGGAGAGUUAACAAUCAGAUCUUUGGAGUUAAAGGCUUAACAUUUAAAAGGAAUUUUUCUCUCCAUAAAGGAUGGUGGAUAUUUUCAUAGCAUAGGUUUUAACUGUGGCAAUUAUAUAUGGUAAAUUAUUAGUUAAUGGUAAAUGAUAACAACAUUAUUUAUUAGUGAGAGUUAUCCUGCAAUUAGAAUUCAAGUUAUUUAAUUGAAUGAUCAUGAAUUCUGGAAAUAUUUUUCUAGUGAUAAACCAUUUAACAAGCUAUUUAAACAGCUUAUUAUACUCACAUAAGGAUACUUGCCAUGAUCACUUAUUCAUUACAAACAUACUGCUUGAUGGAAAGUGAUAAUAAUUAAUAUGUUGGUGAGAGUUAUUUCUAGUGAAUUUUUAGAUUUCCCUCAGAUAUUUGUAGCACGAGGUUGAAAACUGCUAAUUGUGUAUAUAAAUCGAGAAAGACUCAACGAAUUAUAAGAUUCAGAACAAACGAGCAUUUUUAGCUUUGUUCUUCAACUUCAUACAAUUUGGACAUACGCUGAAUUCUAAAAAGUGCUACAAUAUCUUUUCUACUAACCUAUGGUAUUUUCCUAUUUUUCAUACGCAGAAAACGUUUUUAUGGGACUUAAUGUGAAGUGUUAAUGAUAUUUUCCAAGAGAAAAAAAAGGGUUGAUCUUAUCGCUAUUAAUGAAAUAUUUUCCAAUAGAAAAUAUUUAUUUAAACUUGGUUGUAUGUAAUUUUGUGAAACAAGCUAAAAAUGUCAUGGUCGGGUGUUUCAACUUAACAGGGCUGUUUUAUAGUUCUUUGAUAAAUUUCAAGUAUUGCUUCUAACUGAUAUUGGAAAAUUUUUCUACUGACAUAGAAGUGUACUCAGUUAUCAGAGAAUACUUUUCUGAAAAUCGACUAAAAUCAUUCUGAAAGCGUUAACCACUGCUUAGGCGUUUCCCGCGCUUUUAGUUUGCUAUUUGUUUGCAAUCCUUUGUUGCAUUUUUCCCGCUCAUAUUUUCCCGCUCAUUUUUCGCGCCAUAAGACUGGCUGCUUCGGAUUUUUGUAUUCGGUAAUAAAAAGGGGUCCAUUACCUUGAAGAAUUUCCAGCCAAUCAGGUUCAAUCAAUCCAGAAGCGUUGCCAAUGGUUACACGUUUCUCGCGCUUUUCGAUUUGCUGGUUGCAUUUUUCUCGCCCAUUUUUUCCCGCGCUUUUACCGGCUCCUUCGGGUUAUGAUUGGUUUAUUCUGUAGCCCGUAGUUGGUCUCUUUUCACGCUGCACAACUUUGGCUAAGCACGACGCUUCAAACCAAUACUUUUUUUAAGUGGUAAGUUCCAAGAAACUUAAAACUAAUGCGAUUAUUUAAGUAUUUAUUGGCUUAUUGUGGCUGUUUAUUUACACUUAAUUUCGGUCCUUUUUCAAAAUAUUUGAACAAGAGAAGAGUAAACUUAAUCCUCUCUUGAGUUUAUGUUAUUUACAUAUUGUAAUGUUAACGUAACUUUCUCAUUAAGAGAACUUUAGAUAACGCAUAUGCGUUCAGUUUUAGAUGGU